GAGCAAGUAAAUAAAAAGCUUGCGAAGGCCUCGAACUGUUUAGUCUGUGCACGCGGCCCCGCUGAACCGGUCGCCACUGACCUUACGCGGUAAACCUAUUUUCACAUGCCAAAAAUGAGGGUAAUAAGCUUAAUUAUUGCACUGACAGCAGUAAUAAGCUGCAGAGCGGCAAAUCCACAACCACAACUACGGUUUGCAUGGAAAGAAAUAGAUUUUGUUUGGGAUUCCCCAGAACAAAGAGAGACUGCCAUAAAAGAUAAACUCUUUGUCCCUGCUAACAAUCUCCCUCUAGGCUUAGCGAGAUGGAAGAACAAAGUGUUUGUAACCGUCCCCAGAUGGAAGAAUGGCGUCGCUUCUUCACUAAAUUACGUCGAUAUUGAUGGACCACAAGACCAGUUAUUGAAACCAUACCCAUCUUUAAUGGACAAUCUUGUUGCUGAUUCUGCGAAAGAAAAACCGUCAAACAGCUCUAUUAUAUCAGUUUUUAGAGUGUAUGUGGAUCCUUGUGACAGACUGUGGGUUAUGGAUUCGGGAUUGGCUGAUAUUCUAGGAUCGCCUAAUCAAGUUGCUGGACCAUCUUUAGUUAUAUUCGACUUAAAUACUGAUCAGUUGAUCCACCGUUACUACUUCAAAGUGACUGAUAUGAAAGAGGAUUCUUUCUUCGCUAAUGUGGUUGUCGACGUAGACAAAGACACGUGUGAUGAUGCAUUUGCUUAUAUACCCGACUUGGGAGCUUAUGGUGUCGUGGUAUACAGCCUAAAGCAAGACGACUCCUGGCGCGUGAGCCACCACUACUUCCACUUCGAACCACUAGCUGGUAGUUACAACGUAGGUGGAGUUGAGUUCCACUGGACUGAUGGUGUGUUUGCCUUAGCUCUGUCGGAGCCUCGAGAGAACGGAUUCCGCACCAUGUUCUUCCAUGCGUUCUCCAGUACGAAGGAAUUCUGCGUAUCCACUGAGCUACUGCGAAACUAUACACACAUCGAUAAAAACGAGGCGUUCAACGAUUUCAAGCUUUUGGGUGAUCGAGGAGAAAGGACUCAGUCCUCAGCCAGCUACUACGACACUAAUACCAGUGUGCUGUUCUACACACAGGUCAACCGCGAUGGCAUUGGCUGCUGGAACUCAAAUAAGCCUUACACUCCAGAGAACAAUCCACUACUCUUCAGCGACCCUACUUUGUAUGAAUUCUUGAACGACUUGAAGGUUGACGACGAAGGAAGUUUAUGGUUUCUCAGUGACAAGCUUCCUCGUUUUCUCUACAAAUCUCUAGACCCCAACGAAAUUAAUUACAGGAUAUUCACCAUCAAAACAACCGAUGCCAUCGCUGGAAGCGUUUGUGAAUAAAUAACUACUUAAGUUAAUUUACUAGUAAAUGUACAAAAUAUGAGAGACUACAAUAUACACACCAAGUGCUGUCCUCUAUGUAGAAAAGUGAUGUGAUCAAAGAUUGUAUUUAAAAUGUUCAUCAGAAUGGCUUUUAGGUCAUAUAUGUAGAUUUAUAAUUACCAUUACAUGACCAUACCAUAUUGCCAUUGUAACUGUUGCUAACUAUGUGAUACUGUAGAAUUUCGUUGACAUCUCUAAUGUAAACUGUAUGACAAAUCUAUUUAGUAGUAUUAUCUAGUAGAAUAUGUAGUAGUGAUGUUGCAUAGCAGGCGAUCCCUUUAUACUUUUAUUCGUGAUCGUCAACGUCAUAUUAAUAGAGUAUAGACAGACGUCCACAGCUGGACAUAAGUUCUCUUUUACUGAAUUUACAGAACAUGAGAACACGGUCUUGUGCUGUUUCCAGUAGUAAUGUAUGAGAGAUAAGAUCGUUUGUCCUACUAAAGGGUUCUCUCAAUACAUUGAGAUUCAAGUAUACCUUCAUUCACGAAUUUCUUUACUUAUUUCCCUAUUUUUUAAAGAUACUUUUGGGUUCUAUACCCGAAGGAUGCCAACGGGAUCUUAUCUUCACUCGUUCAGCCGUCUGUAUGUCAGCGGGCUGUAUCUCGUGAACCACAGAGUUGAAAUUUUCGCUCUUUUCUUUGUGUUUCUAUAGCAUUUUUAACAACAAAUAAUAAUAUGUAAUUC